UGUGGUUUGAAUUCCGGAAGUGUUUUGAUGCAUUGUAGCAGGUUGACGGGGCCGUGCGCGGUUACGGGGCUCGUGUUCUGCAGUGUUUCGCGGAUUAUGAGCGCGCGGGACGGAGUUGCGAGCUGAGUCACUGCGAGUCAUCUAUAUGGGCCAUUUUCUCUCCAAGAAUGCUCAUAGCCUGAAGAAAACACGGAAGCUGCCCAAGAAGAAGAGGAGGAGGAAUUGCUUCCUUCAGGGCCCCUGCAUGCUUUGCUUCAUCGUCCACGGCAACAGCGGAAGCAUCGAGGACGACUGGCCCUUCGAGAGUGGCUGCGCGGCGGCGGCAGCAUCCAAACUCGUGGAACACUACGCCGCGUUGAACUCGCCCGAAGACUGCGCCAAGUUCCUCCGGUCUCCAGGAGAGCGAGCCCUCUGGGAGACCCAGGGCAGAAGUCUGCUGUCCGCCGUGCCGGUCAAGCUGAUCACGCCCCCGGCGCUCUUCUGCGCCGUCGUCCCAGCCGCGGACUAUUCAGAAAUGGUGUGCAAGCGCAAGAGCGCCGAGCUGCAGCGGUGCGCGCCCCGCAAGCAGCCACGCUGUGCCUUCCAGGAGCCCAUGGAGAACGGAGAAGAGAGAGGAGACGCCUCCGCAUCGGAUGACCAGUGCCUCCUGCCCUCUCUCUGUCCUCUGCCUUCAUCGUCUUCCUCAGAGGAGAACGGGUGCGCCGCGGGGAUGGAUGCGGCCAGCUCCUCUUCCACCUGUGAGGCCUCGGAGGAGGAAAAAACCCCUGAAAGUUCAGAGCAAUCUCACAUUAACCAGCUGCCCUCAUCUAUACUGCUCAAGGUGUUUUCUCAUCUGUCGGUGAAGGAGAGAUGUUUAGCAGCGUCUCUGGUGUGCAAGUACUGGCGUGACCUCUGCCUAGACUUCCAGUUCUGGAAACAAAUCGAUCUUAGCGGCCUUCAGCAGGUUAAAGAUGAUCUUUUGGUGAAGAUCGCAUCUAGAAGACAGAACGUUACCGAGAUCAACAUUUCUGACUGCCGGAACGUUCAGGAUCACGGCGUUUGUACUCUGGCAUCUAACUGUAGAGGUCUGGUUAAGUACACGGCGUACCGUUGUAAACAGCUCAGUGAUGUGUCGCUCUGCGCCGUCGCCGUCCACUGCCCACUUCUGCACAAAAUUCAUGUUGGAAACCAGGACAAGCUCACAGAUCAAGCUCUUAAACUGUUGGGCGAGCAUUGCAAAGACCUGCGGGACGUCCAUUUCGGACAGUGUUAUAACAUCAGUGAUGACGGGCUGGUGGCGUUGGCUCAGGGCUGCUCCAAACUCCAGAGAAUCUACAUGCAGGAAAAUAAACUGGUGACGGAUAAAUCCGUGCAAGCGUUUGCGGAGAACUGUCCCGAGCUCCGUUUCGUGGGAUUCAUGGGCUGUUCGGUGACAUCACAGGGGGUCAUCCACCUGACCCGGCUUCAGGAUCUGAACAGUCUGGAUCUGCGACACAUCUCUGAACUCAACAACGAGACGGUGAUGGAGGUGGUGAGAAAGUGUCGGAACCUGACGUCUCUUAAUCUCUGCCUUAACUGGACCAUCAAUGACAGGUACUGCAACACUUGACUUUCUCGAAGGUUUGUUGUUCUGUCCGGCUGGAGAGGGUUGUGUUAUUGGUUGUCAUGUGUGACAUAUAAAACGACAUCGGUGCGGUA